CAUUUCACGUCAAAAUUGUUCCACCUUGGUCUCUCAAUAAAACGGUGUCUGCAGCAGGAAAUCUUCAAGAGCAUUCUGUAAAAUGGAGAAACCCACCAAAAAACAAGUGCUCCUCUUCUAUUGUGUGGAAGCCGAAGAACUUGCUCGCAAAAUUUACGCUCAAUCCGACCUCAUUCAGCUUCAAUCCAUCAACUGGAGGAGUUUUGAUGAUGGGUUUCCUAACUUAUUCAUAAACAAUGCACAAGAAAUCAGAGGCCAGCAUGUUGCUUUUCUUGCAUCUUUCAGCUCCCCCGCUGUCAUAUUUGAGCAGCUCUCCGUUAUAUUUGCACUCCCGAGGCUUUUUGUUGCUUCUUUCACAUUGGUGUUACCUUUUUUUCCAACUGGUUCCUUUGAGAGAAUGGAAGAAGAAGGAGAUGUAGCAACUGCAUUUACCAUGGCAAGAAUAUUAUCAAAUAUUCCUGUAUCGAGAGGAGGUCCUACGAGCUUAGUUAUUUAUGACAUACAUGCUUUGCAGGAAAGAUUUUACUUUGGGGACCAUGUUUUGCCUUGUUUUGAAACUGGGAUGCCUCUCUUGAAGCAACGGCUUCAGCAACUUCCUGAUGCUGAUAAUGUUGUGAUCGCCUUUCCAGAUGAUGGAGCUUGGAAGCGAUUCCACAAACAGUUGGAUCACUUCCCCACGGUGGUUUGUGCAAAAGUUCGUGAGGGGGAUAAAAGGAUCGUACGGCUGAAAGAGGGUGAUUGUGCUGGUCACCAUGUAGUAAUUGUUGAUGAUCUGGUGCAAUCUGGCGGUACUUUAAUCGAAUGCCAGAAAGUUUUGGCAGCUCAUGGAGCGACCAAGGUCAGUGCUUACGUUACUCACGCAGUGUUUCCUAAGAAAUCGUGGGGGAGAUUUCUUCACACAGAUGGUGAGAACUCAAACAAGGGUUUUGCACACUUCUGGAUUACAGACUCUUGUCCUAUCACUGUCAAAGAUAUUGCAAACAGAGCUCCUUUUGAAGUCCUGAGCCUGGCUGGAUCUAUUGCAGAUGCACUUCAAAUAUGAUGUUUUUGAGGUAUUUUAACUUGGGUUUCCUUUGAGCGAACUAAUCGACUACUGCUUAAAAGGGCGUAUAAUUGCUAGAGUUGUUGACCACAUCUUUCGUUCUUUUGAAUAACCGUGAUAUCCGCUUUCGUGUUGUUGCUAGUCGAUGGUCUUUUUUCAAGUGU